UUCUCACACUUAUCCAAACAAAAAAACACCACAAAAUACACACACACACACACAUGGCAAGUGUCACCUCUUCUGCUGUAACCAUCCCCUCAUUCAAUGGCCUUAAGUCCACCAUAGCCACCUCUUCAAGGGUCAACACCAGGACAGUCAAGGUGAUCGCUACCACACCCAAACUCUCAGUAAGAUCUUCACUUAAAGAAGUCGGCAUUGCGACCAUUGCCUUUGCAGCUAGCGCGUUGUUAGCUAGCAACGUGCUAGCUGCUGAGGUCUUGCUUGGUGAUGAAGAUGGUGGGUUGGCCUUUGUUCCAAAAACUUUGACUGUUGCUUCUGGUGAAAAGAUUGUUUUCAAGAACAAUAAAGCUUUCCCACAUAAUGUGAUCUUUGAUGAGGAUGAGAUUCCGGCUGGUGUGGAUGCAUCAAAAAUAUCGAUGAGUGAUGAGGACUUGUUGAAUGGACCAGGAGAUACUUACUCAGUUACCUUGACUGAGAAAGGGACUUAUAACUAUUACUGUUCUCCCCACCAAGGAGCUGGUAUGGUUGGCACAAUCACAGUCACCUAGUUGCUAUAUUAUGUAUAUGUAAUUAAGUAAAAUUUGUAUUGCUAGAUGAGUUAAUAGACUAUGGUAUGUAACCAACUUUAAUAUGCCAUUUGUGUGUAUCAUUUGCCCCAAA